CUUUUAGUCACAACUGGGACUCGGAGCUCACUGCAAAGGGACAAUAUUGUGGUCAGUUGAGAGUUAGCCUCAGACAAGAGAGCACGAAGUGACCUGAUAAUGCGACUUUCAAAAGCACUGAUAGAUAUGGACAUGGCAGACUACAGCGAGGUUCUGGACCCAGCCUACACUACACUAGAGUUUGAAAACAUGCAAGUCCUGGCAAUGGGAAAUGAUUCCUCACCUGCAGAAAAUGCAAACAUGAAUGCCUCCAGUCACCUGAGUGCAGGCGCUCUGUGUGCGAUAUGCGGGGACAGAGCUACGGGGAAGCACUACGGAGCCUCUAGCUGUGACGGCUGCAAGGGCUUCUUCCGGAGGAGCGUCCGGAAAAACCACAUGUACUCCUGCAGGUUUAACAGGCAGUGUAUUGUGGAUAAAGACAAGCGAAACCAGUGCCGUUACUGUAGGCUGAAGAAAUGUUUUCGGGCAGGCAUGAAAAAAGAAGCUGUUCAGAACGAAAGAGACAGAAUCAGCACCAGAAGGUCGAGUUACGAGGACAGCAGCCUGCCGUCCAUUUCAGCCCUGAUCCAGGCAGAGGUGUUGUCAAGACAGAUUUCCUCUCCACUGCCAAUACUAAACGGAGAUAUCCGAACAAAGAAAAUUGCCAGUAUCAUCGACGUGUGUGAGUCCAUGAAACAGCAGCUCCUGGUCUUGGUAGAAUGGGCCAAAUACAUUCCAGCAUUCUGUGAACUAGCACUAGAUGACCAGGUGGCUUUACUACGGGCACAUGCUGGAGAGCACCUACUGCUUGGAGCAGCAAAGAGGUCUAUGAUGUUCAAAGACAUUAUACUAUUAGGAAAUGACCAUAUUAUUCCUCGGAACUGCCCGGAGUUAGAAGUGAACCGAGUUGCCGUGCGUAUCCUGGAUGAACUGGUGUUGCCAUUUCAGGAGCUGCAGAUGGAUGAUAAUGAAUACGCCUGCUUGAAAGCGAUUGUUUUUUUUGAUCCAGAUUCCAAGGGUCUGAGUGACCUCAAUAAAAUCAAGAGGAUGCGUUACCAGGUGCAGGUGAGCCUGGAGGACUACGUCAACGACAGGCAGUAUGACUCGAGGGGUCGCUUUGGGGAGCUGCUUCUCCUCUUGCCCACCCUGCAGAGCAUCACCUGGCAGAUGAUCGAGCAGAUCCAGUUCGUCAAGCUCUUCGGGAUGGCCAAGAUAGACAACCUGCUGCAGGAGAUGCUUCUAGGGGGUUCUGCAAACGAAGCCCCCCACACACCCCACACUCUCCAUCCACAUUUGGUACAGGAACAUCUCAGCAAUAUUGUCCUAGUGUCCAACAACAUGCCUAAUCAGAUUCACAAUGGACAGAUCUCCACUCCUGAAACUCCACUACCUUCCCCUCCUGCAGGCUCCAGCUCAGAGCAGUACAAAAUGGCACAGGGGGUGAUCACUACUGUAGCCAAGCAGCCAAUAUCUAUCCAACAACCCCUCGCAACCAAGCAAGAAGCGAUGUAAAAGCAGGGGUGGAAGCGAUGGAAUAGUCAUGGGGGUAGAGCUCCAAGCAGAAUGUGAAAUGAUUGAGAAUUAUCAUUUUUUAUAAGUACAGCCAAGAAAGCUGUGGAAAUAAUAAUUUAUGGUAUCUAGACCGAUUGUACAGAUGUUAGGAAAAAAAAAUAAAUAUAUAUAUAUAUAUAUAUAUAUAUAUAUAUAUAUAUAUAUAUAUAUAUAUAUAUAUAUAUAUAUAUAUAUAUCUGUUGUGAAUAAAGGAUGUUAAGCUUGGACGCAGAGGCUUAAUAGACUAUUCUGAAAAGUAGCUCAGCCUUUAACUUGAAAGACCCCCUGGUACGCAGGGCCUUGUUUUCAGUCCUGGAGGAGAGAAUCUCACAGAAUGAAUGUAGUAUAGUUAGCUUUUUAAAAUGGUUUGCCAUGUACUUUUUCUACAACAAAAUAAUAAAACUCAACAUGAAACAGCCUUGGAACAUAAUCCAAUCAGCAACCUCUCUUCAAAUCUAUAAAGGAAAAGGAGUCUUAUUCACAAACAUGGUUUUGAAUGAAACAUUACAUACUGUACUGCAAUCCUUGGCAAACCCUCAGCAGUGCAGGUCUGAAAGCUCCAUUCACAGAGAAAUGUUUUAUUGAUGUCAUAUGCCAUGUGUUAUUGAAAUUGUAUGACAUGUUUUACUGAUAUCAUAUGACAUGUUUUCUGUUGGUGGUAGAAUAGAUCUUUGUUUUCAUCAGCAGUUCUCCUGUUUGUUUGUUUUUUUUUAUUGCAUUUUACUGAAAAUUCAUGUUGUUGGUGCUUCUAUAUGAUCAAAUGAAAAUUCUAACAUUAGAGAACCAAUAAGUUUUUUAAAUGUUAAAUAGAUUCCUACAUUCUCUGGGUUUCAUCUGAUAACAAUAGGUACAGUACAAAAAUACAUACAUACAUACAGUACACACCUACAUUCAUUGUAACACUUAUAAAUGCUAUUAUUUACAUUGUAAUAUACAUACAGUUUGUGUAACAGAAUACUGGUUCAACUUUUUGUCAAUAUGUUUUGUUAAAACUUUCAGAUUUGAACCAAGCUGUUCCUUAAAAAACUGGUUGUCAACCCUUACCAU